AUGGAUUCUUCGGACUACAGCGAAGCUGCAAAGGCAAAAUUCAGAACAGACAUGAAUGUUGAAGUUGCUGCCUUUCUGCAACGUCUACAGAGUGUGGGCGCCGAUGACGAGAUUGACGAUUUUGAGGUAGAAAACAUCAGAGAAGAAGCAUGCAUACUGCACAGUCCCACGGCUCCAGGCAGAUCAUCCUCUGGCAAUAGAUUCGGUACUACCAAAGACGAAAUUGUCCAGCAAAAUGACGACAACAACGAUGAGGCACAUGGACUCAUCCUAAGUCACCUCAAAAUGAAGGAGCUGGCCAAGAUGAAGCUCGACAAGAAGGCUGAGAUGGGUACGCUCCGAGAAAGUAUGGUGAGGCUUAGCACAGAGAGGAUCGGUCUUCUUUGGGAUGCCGAACUCCAGCGCCGUAGUCAUAUCCCCGGGGAUAUCUCGACAGAUUUCGAGAUGAACAGGAUUUUGGUCGAGUAUAGGGCUCAUGGAAUGGAAUUCCAUGAGUUAGACGAUAAGUACCAAUACCUCGAAAAGGAGCUCCGGCGGAUUCGAAAGGAGAAGCGCUCGAGAGAAAAGUCACGACAGUGA